GGGCUGGGGCCAUCAUGCUUCUGAUCAAGACUCAUUAGGCUGGGUGGCUGAGCUCCCUCCCUCAGGACUUGGUGUGCACGUAGUUAUUUGGACCGGUUGGUGAAGGAGGAAGAGAGGGAGAAAGGAAGGGAAGGGCUAAGCGGGUGGAAGGUCUUUCCGGACUGUUCUGUGGCUGUAUCCCCGUCCCGUGAGAGCUGGACAUCUCUCUAAACCCUCGUCUUCAGCGGGUCCCAAAAGGCCAGCAGGGCUCACAGUCAGCUAAAGCGUCCCCUACUCGGACAGGAUGAGACUGUCAGCCUUAAUCCGCUUGGGGGCCAUCAUUUUUACCCUGCUGACCACAUGGUUCUUUACUCACACCUAUUUCAAGAAGACUGGUAAAACCAUUAGUUUACGAGACUUCCUGGGUUCUUCCUCAAAGAUAACCAGUGAGAAGCAUCCAAGAAAUAAGUGUGACAACAGUAAGAAAUGUGUGCGGGAUUUCUUCGCCUUCAAGAUCACGAGUGGAGCUGCCAAUGUCGUGGGACCCUCCAUCUGUUUUGAAGACAAGAUACUCAUGAGUACUGUGAAAAAUAACGUUGGCAGAGGACUCAACGUUGCACUCGUGGAUGGAACAAGAGGAAUUCUCAAGAAGCACCAAUACUUUGAUAUGUUCUCAGGAGAUAUUAACACGUUCCUGACAUUUCUAAAAGAAAUUCCAGAGAGCACCCUAGUACUGAUAGCUUCAUUUGAUGAUCCAGGCUCAAAAUUGAACCCAGAAGCUCGACAAUUGCUCACUGAUUUGGGAAGUGUCCAUGCACAAAACAUCAGUUUUCGGGACAGCUGGGUCUUCUUAGGUGCCAAAGGCAUCAAGGGGAAAAGCCCCUUUGAAGAGUUCUUAAAGAAUAAGCCAGAGAAGAACAAAUAUGAAGGCUGGCCGGAAGCAUUGAAACUAGAGGGCUGUGUCCCCCGCAAAAUGAUAUAGGGUCGCCACGACAGCUCGGGGUCUCCAGACAAAGCCUCCCACUUCGAGAAGCUAUGAGCCGCCUCCCAGAAGCAGCCAAGCUUGGCUCAGCAGGAGGAUGCCUGCCCCCAGGGCUGGAGGGCAAGGAAGGGAAUAGAAGCAAUCAUCUAGAAAAGACUUCUCCACUUGAUAAUCAGAAGUACCUCAGAUGCUUUUUCCCCUCCCUCAGUGACACCAGCCAAUGAGUGGAGAGAGUUUCAAGCCUCCCCCCCUCUGUCAGAUGAACUUAAAGCUGAGGUUUACUCAUGAUUCUGUUGCCUCCUGAAGUUUCCAUUGGCAGGAGGCUCUCUGUCUCCAUAUCAAAGAGGACUGGUGAAUACAGAAGCAAAAUUAAAAUCUAUUUUGUUUAUUAUC